AUGGAUCGACGUCGAAAAAAUUCCCGUCAAUAUCAUCGUUUAAUGUUGUUUACAUUUGGAAAUUUAGGCUAUCAAUUUCAAUCAAUACGUUUACGAUCAUCAUUCAAUAUAGUAAAGAAUAUUUUAAUCAACGUGAUUGCUACUUAUGGUUUAAGUGUUUAUGAUCCAUAUGAUUUUAUUGGUGAAAAUUUUUCAUCGAACAAAUUUUUCAUUACACUAUUAAUAUUUACCUAUCAUAUUCUAGUUCCAUUUAGUUAUUUAUUGAUUACCAUUAAUUAUCUAAUUUAUGGUCGACAAAUUCUACACAAUAUUCGUACAUUAAUUGUUAAAAAUAAUGAUAAUAAUCAACAAAUUCAAUUCAAUCGAUAUUUAACAUUUGAAAAUCAACGUUUAUUGAUUCAACGUUUAAGCCGUAUGGCCAGUAUAAGUAAAAAUGUUAAUCAAUGUUUAUCAUUUCAUCUAAUGAUUUGGCUAAUAACACAAUCAUUUAAUCUGACAUUGAUAUUUUGUAUACAAAGGCUUAGUACAGAUACAGCCAGUUCAAUAUUAUUAUUACGAAUAAUUGUAUUUUGUUUAUACAUUGCCAUUAUAUCACAUUAUAAUCUGGAAAUUUCAAAACAAUUGAAAAUGAUUCACCAACAAUUAUUAUCACCAUAUUGGAAUAUGGCCAAUUUACAUUUGAACGUAUUUGGCAUUUACAGUAACACGAUGAUGGAAGAACGAAAAUUGAUUCAAUCAUUUGAUCCAUUACGUUUAUAUGAAUUGUUCGAUAUGUAUGAACAGGAUUUUUUAAUGAAAAUUUAUCAAUUGAAAACAAUUAAUUUUACAUUUUUAAUGACACUUGUAUUUUUUAUUACCGAAUAUGGUGUAUUUAUUGUGCAAACUAGUUUAUAAUGAAAAACGAAAAAACAUUCAGAAAAAAACAGACACA